GGUCUGUACGUACGUUACAUCGCGAGAGCUUCGCAAACGCGCCUGUAACUGACCACAUACCAGCAGCGGGUGGAUUAACGUGUAGUCCACGUUAAGUUCUAGUCGCGUGGAGUAUGAACGUGUGCGCGUAUCAUAAAACAGUGCCAUCGAGAGCUACGGUGUCGAUCGCUAAUUGAAUUUAAAUCCGUAGUGUCCUCGUGUUAAAACGCGCGACCCAAAAGAGAAAGUCCCGCGGUAAUGGAUAAUCCGUGACCGAGUGGGAUGCAUUGGUUUUGUCGGUCCACUGGACGUAUAUCGAUAGACAGACAGACGUACAGACGGAGUAGCACGUGUUCUGUUCGUGCAGGUGCUUCCGGGAAAUCCUGCUUUCGAUUCAAUGCUCCAAACCAUUGCCAAAAGUAGUCUCAGUCGCAUAGUUCAGUGCCGCGCAACUGUUCGCCAAAAGUGACAGAGUUUGUUUCGUGGGCUAGCAGCGCAGUGUUUACUGUUUCGUUCUAGGCCAUCCCAAAACCAUGAACCAGCUGUGAUCCGAUCCGUUUCAAUUAGACCGUGAAGCGCCAUGAAACUGUUGCUCAAAAUCCACAACAAAGAGCGUCACUCGACGACAACCGCGGCGGUCAAUCUGUUCCAGCGGAAGCGUAAAUAUUAUCACCGUAGACAUUCGAAAUCUUCUUCCCCGGUACCCGGGACCUCCUUGCCUGCCUCCCAGCAGUCUGUAUCACCCGCAUCAUCUACCCCGUCGCACGUGUCCUCAUCCUCUGGCUCAUUCCCGUUGACGUCAGCCGUGACCGGCGGUGUAUCGCCCGGUACGUUUGACGCAGAUCCGACGACUUCCGGUGUGUCAUUGGCCACACUCAUCUACGGUGGAACCGGAAGCUGCACGGAACCGAACGCCUGCUCCAGUGACAGACGUCCGCUGCUACGGAAUUCCCCAUCACAGUCAUCGGCACGCAGUUUCGCUAGUUCUUCCCGAACCGGCCGCAACAAUCAGAAUCGCGGGCUACCUUCAACGGAACCAUCGACCCUUCGGCAGGAACGGUACUUCAUCUAUGGUGCGCUGAUAUUUUUCGCGAUCGUUGGAUUUUCUACCGCUAUCUACUUCAUCGUGAACCAGGUCCACGGUCCCGUUGACAUUGACCGGGAGAUACUGUUCGACAACAACUACCACCGACGGACGAUGCCCAAUCUCGGCAACAGCCAUAUGAUCAUCGAGCGGCGUAACUGGGGAUCUCAACAUGGGGCGCACGCUACAGUCCCGCUGGAACAUCCGGUCGAGUAUGUGCUUGUUACCCACAUAGGCGUAGCCACCAAGAACUGUUCCGGUGUGCAUGACUGUUCAAACAGGAUGCGCAUGUUGCAGGAUGCAGCCAUCGGCGAGCGAUAUCUGCCCGACAUUCCUAGCAAUUUCUAUCUCGGUGCCGAUGGCAAUGUGUACGUCGGUCGCGGUUGGGACAUUUCAAAUGCGUACCAAAACCGAACACUAUCCGUGUGCUUCAUGGGAUACUUUCAAAAUUACGGACCGAAAGAUACACAAAUGUCAGCUUUGCAGCAUCUUCUCACAUACGGCGUUGUUCAUCGCAAGCUUUCCAACGACUAUAAGCUUGUAACACGGCGACAGACCAAACCCACCACUACCAGUCCGGGUGAUCAGCUGUACGCGAAACUGAUCCGACUUCCUCGGUGGAAUCCUUGCGGCACGCAAGCGUACGCCCAUUGUGGAGCAGAACUUGGCUUUCCCAGCGUCUGGGACGAAGAGCAUAAUUACAAUGAGCGCAACGGAAUUCAAAAUCCACUCCUAUUAUAUCGCAAAAACAUCGAAGAAGAGUAACCAGCAAAAUGAAAGCAUCGUCUAUACUCGUUUAAGGAUAUAAGGUUAAUGGAUGUAUCUUGCGAUCAUCAAUGUAGCGAUACGUAUCUAGUCAUAGUUUUUCUUGUAAAUAUUUUAGUAUGCGACUUCUGGUCCUCCAUCACAGGUUAAAUAAUAAAAACUCACAUAU